AUGUUGUCAAGUUUAGUUGCACGUUAUCGUAUAGUAACUGAUCAGUUAAUUCGAUAUACUCAAUUUUUAUUUUCUUCACCUACAUUUGCAUUUAUUGAUCUACCAACAACAUUAACAACUCCAAAAUUAUCUUUACCUGAUAUGUCAAUAUUAUUAGCACAAAAACAUCGUGCAACUAUUGAACGUCGUCGUAUAAGACGUCAUUCAGAUUUACCAAUGUCAUUAAUGAUUAAAUAUGGUACACCACGUCAAGAUCUACAUCAAUGUUUAGAAUGUGGUACAUGGCAUGAAAAAAAAACUAUAUGUGGAAAUUGUUAUGAUCGUAUAAGAAAAGAAACUCAAGUUAUGAAAGAUUCAUAUCCAAAUAAAGAUGAAUUUAACUAUAAUCAUCCUCAACAAGAAAUUGUUUAUGUUUAUAAAAAUGAUGAAAAAUUUCAUGAUGAUACUAAGCGUAUUGUUGAAAUUCAACGUGAACGACCAACAUGGUUUUCAAAAAAUUUAAUACCAAAAAUAAAUACAACGAAAUAG